AUGAGCCAUCCGCAAGAUGAGGUUCACCGCCGUUCGCUGGAGGAUCCGGAGACAUUCUGGGGUCGCCAUGCUGAAAAACUAUAUUGGCAUAAGAAGCCAGACGCAGUUAUAACCAAGACGACGAGGAAACUCAAAAGCGGAUUGGAGUAUCCUCAUUGGGAGUGGUUCUCAGGUGGUAAAAUAUCAACAUGUUUCAACUGCGUUGAUAGACACGUCCUCGCUGGUAAUGGCCAUCGGCCUGCCAUCUUCUACGAUAGCCCCGUUACUAAGACGAAGGCUACCAUCACCUACGCGCAACUACUCGAUCAGGUCGAGGUUACGGCUGGUGCCCUAAGAGAAGAAGGCGUUAAGAAAGGAGAUGUUGUGUUGGUUUAUAUGCCAAUGAUACCAGCCGCUCUCAUUGGAAUUCUCGCCAUCAACCGGCUUGGAGCGAUCCACGCUGUUGUGUUUGGCGGCUUUGCUGCUGCAUCUCUAGCUCAGCGCAUUGACGCGUCUAAACCUGUAGCUAUCUUGACAGCUUCAUGUGGAAUUGAUGGAGCCAAACCACCCAUGAGUUACAAGCCAUUUAUCUCGGAGGCUAUCAAACUAUCUACUCAUAAGCCGAGUCGUGUCAUAGUCUGGCAACGAGAUGAGCUGCGGUGGGAUAAUCUCAAUAAAACAGCCGGCGAGCGUAAUUGGUUCAAGAUGGUACGCAGCUGUAAAGCGAGAGGCGUGAGAGCUGAUUGCGUGCCUGUUGGCGCUACCGAUGAGAUUUAUAUAAUAUACACCAGUGGAACAACAGGCUCACCUAAAGGUGUUGUCCGUCAAGCAGGUGGUCAUGCGGUUGGACUACACCUUUCAAUGGGCUAUUUAUAUGGCGUUCAUGGACCUGGGGAUGUGAUGUUUACAGCGAGCGACAUAGGCUGGGUGGUAGGCCAUUCCUACAUCAUAUAUGCCCCUCUUCUUAUCGGGGCUGCUACAGUCCUCUUCGAAGGGAAGCCUAUCGGAACACCUGAUAGUUCGACUCUCUGGCGCAUCAUACAAGAUUAUAAAGUGACAAGCCUUUUACUGCUCCAAGUAGCUGCUCUUCGAGCUAUAAAGAGAGACGAUCCAGAAAACAAGUUUCUCAAGCAGAUAGGUGAGCAGGGUGGCCUAAAAAGCCUCAAGGCGCUUUUCCUUGCGGGUGAGAGGUCAGAACCCUCAAUAGUAACGAUGUAUGACGAUCUUGUACAACGGUAUGGCGCUCCCGGCGCUACCGUAGUGGACAAUUGGUGGUCGUCAGAAUCCGGAUCGCCAAUGUCGGGCAUCUGCUUAGCCCCACACGCGAUGCCAGGGUUUGACGUCAGAGUAGUGGAUGAUAAUGGAAACGAGGUAAAGAGGGGGAAGAUGGGUAACAUUGUUCUGGCGAUCCCCCUGGCUCCAACAGGUUUCACGACGUUGUGGAAAGACGAUGAAAGGUUUUAUGGUGGUUAUCUAAAAAGGUUUAGCGGAAAAUGGGUUGACACCGGUGAUGCCGGUAUGAUAGAUGCUUCUGGGUACAUCAGCAUAAUGAGUCGGAGUGAUGAUUUGAUUAAUACAGCUGGCCAUCGGCUUUCGACCGGUUCCAUCGAGCAGGCAAUAACAAGCCACCCCUUAGUCGCAGAAGCCUGUGUAGUCGGCAUCCCAGACUCUUUGAAAGGCCAGCUUCCUUUCGCCUUUAUAACCUUGUCGGUGCCUGACCAUCCCACGUCCGCUGUACCAGAUAAAAAACUAUACGGUGAGAUCCAGAAACUUGUUCGAAGCCAGAUCGGAGGCAUCGCAACGCUUGGGGGUAUAAUCCAGGGCAAGGGAAUGAUCCCCAAGACGCGAUCGGGCAAGACGCUGCGAAGAGUUCUAAGGGAGCUAGUUGAAAAUGCGGUCCAUGACGAGCUUGAAAACGAAGUCCAAUACCCGGCCACGAUUGAGGACGCGUCGGUAGUCAAUGUAGCAAAAUCCAAGGUCAUAGAAUAUUUCAAGCAUAAAGGGGAAGCACAUAAAGCGAUCGAGGCAAGGGCUAAGUUGUAG